UGUAUACAGGCCGGUCUCAAUGUUAAGCAGAAAGACGUGAGCGACUUAUUAAAUAUUAUGGAUCCAGUUGGUGUGUUAACUAGGAAACGUAGAAGAUUACAAAGAAGGAAAUAUUGGAAUAAGGGACCUAAUUACAUUUGGCAUGUUGACGGAUACGACAAACUGAAACCUUUCGGAAUUUGCAUUAGUGGUUGUAUAGAUGGAUUUUCUCGUAAAAUAAUGUGGUUGAAGGCUGGUUAUACCAAUAAUGAUCCGAGAGUAAUUGGAGGGUACUAUAUAAACACCGUGAAAGAAUGGAAUGGCUUUCCACGAACAAUUCGAACAGACAUGGGUACCGAAAAUGGUAACAUACAACACAUACAAAAAUAUUUUGAUGAGGUUACUGUAACUUAUCAAACUAAUAGUAGAUUGCCGCCUUUUUUAUAUGGAAGCAGUCAUACCAACCAGCGCAUUGAAUCGUGGUGGUCGAUCUUAAGAAAACACAACAGUCAGUUUUGGAUAAAUUUAUUCAGUGAACUAAGAAACGAUGGACUUUUUAAUGGGACUUUUCUUGAUAAAUCUAUCGUACAGUAUUGUUUUAUGGAUUUGAUUCAGAAUGAACUGAAUACCAUCGUACUGGAAUGGAACAGCCACUAUAUACGAAAAAAUAAAAAUGGAACUUGUCCCCCUGGACGCCCUGACUUGCUUUAUAAUUUUCCUGAAGUUUAUAAUUGUGAAAAUUACAUUACAGAAAUUAAUUCUCUACAUGUACAGAACUGCGAAGAUGAAUGCAUAUUUUUAAAUAGCCCUUGUGCUGAUGAAGAUGUAUUCAACUUAUGUCAGAUUAUUGCGUUCGAAAUGAAUCAUAAUAAACCUUCCGAUGUGUUCGAAGCUAUUACUUUGUACACAAAUUUGCGAAACCAAAUUCUGUCAUUAUUGUUAUAG